AUGGUUCAAGGCACAAAUCGUAUUGUUACCACCCGGGAUAUUGCUGGAAACUUUGCGCUUAAGCGUGUUCAGACUCGCUGUAACAAUCCCAUGCCUGCAACGGCCAAAGUCGUGACCGAUAGAUCCUGCUCGGCCACCAUGUACUCCGUUGGCUACACUCUCAACAACCGCCACUUGGAACUGUAUCGCACCUGCUACGAUCGAGCCAAUGUGCGCACUCUGUUCACCUCACAUCAGGUCUAUAAGAAAUCAUUCUUUCUAACGCGUCCUUGUACGCGUUUCACCACCGACAAUUUAAUCAGUAACGCCGAUGCUGCAACGUUCACCACUGCUAGCAUAUUUAAUAAGUUUAGAUCCAUCUUUGGAAACAAUCAGAGGUACAUACGAAACAAUCAAGAUGUCGUCCUCAACCGUGGCCAUCUCACACCCUCAGCUGACUUUCUGUACCUCGACCAAGCUUGUGCCACCUUUAAAUACAUUAAUGUUGUACCACAGUUUCGGACAAUCAACGAUCGCAAUUGGGAGACUAUUGAGCGAUAUGUGCGCAACCAGAUUACUCAAAGUUUUCUGCGCAUUAAGACUGGAGCUGUUGGCAUUCUAACUCUACCCGAUAGCGGACGAACCCAGCGACGAGUGAUUCUUGGCAGUGGAAACAAAAACCCGGUUCCACUUUGGAUGUAUAAAAUAGUUCGCACAGAGCAGAAUCGACCAUUACAUGCUUUCUUAGUGUAUAACAAUAUAUUUGCCAGGACUCGACCUCGUGCGCCACGCUGGUGUACUAGCAUUAGAUGUCCAAUAACUUUGGCUGCCGGGCCAGCCGCUGGCUAUACAUUCUGCUGCAAUCCAACCACAUUCAAUCCUUAA